AGUUAUUAAACCUACGCUCAGAUCAAGUUAGCAGCUAGACUGGUGUGACAACCUGUUUUUAAUCAGUGACUCAAAGCUGUGAUCCACCCUGAUGUCACCGAAUGGCCACAGCUUGUAAAAGUGCCAGCAGAUUUAUUUUUUGUUUUGCAAGCCUGCUCUGCCUCCUUACAGUAUGACAUCUGAUGCUGGAGGGUCGCACUUUCAAAAAUGAGUCAGCUGGUACAUGGGGUUAUCAUCAGUUUUUAGCUCUUCUGUCUGAGAGAUACAAGUUUGGAAGCAAUCUUGGGGUACUUACCCACAAGGCUGGUGGAGACCAGAUCACCAGGAAAAACUCAGUCUGACGACAUUGAAGCUAGCCGAAUGAAGCGAGCAGCUGCAAAGCAUCUAAUAGAACGCUACUACCACCAGUUAACUGAGGGCUGUGGAAAUGAGGCCUGCACGAAUGAGUUUUGUGCUUCCUGUCCAACUUUUCUUCGUAUGGAUAACAAUGCAGCGGCUAUUAAAGCCCUCGACCUUUAUAAGAUUAAUGCAAAACUCUGUGAUCCUCAUCCCUCCAAGAAAGGAGCAAGCUCAGCUUACCUUGAAAACUCCAAAGGCGCCCCUAACAACUCCUGCUCUGACAUAAAAAUGAACAAGAAGGAAGGACACGGAGCGAGAGAUGAUUUUAGAGAUGUGACUUAUCUAACAGAAGAGACAGUAUAUGAAAUUCUUGAAUUAUGUAGAGAGAGAGAGGAUUAUUCCCCUUUAAUCCGUGUUAUUGGAAGAGUUUUUUCUAGUGCUGAGGCAUUGGUACAGAGCUUUCGGAAAGUCAAACAACACACGAAGGAAGAACUGAAAUCUCUUCAAGGAAAGGACGAAGACAAAGAUGAAGAUGAAAAGGAAAAAGCUGCAUGUUCUGCUGCUGCUAUGGAAGAAGAUUCAGAAGCAUCUUCCUCAAGGAUAAGUGAUAGCUCACAAGGAGAUAACAACUUACAAAAAUUAGGCCCUGAUGAUGUGUCUGUGGAUAUUGAGGCCAUUAGAAGGGUCUACACCAGAUUGCUCUCUAAUGAAAAAAUAGAAACUGCCUUUCUCAAUGCACUUGUAUAUUUAUCACCUAAUGUGGAAUGUGACUUGACGUAUCACAAUGUGUACUCCCGAGAUCCUAAUUAUCUGAAUUUAUUCAUUAUUGUAAUGGAGAAUAGAAAUCUCCACAGUCCUGAAUAUCUGGAAAUGGCUUUGCCGUUAUUUUGCAAAGCAAUGAGUAAGCUACCCCUUGCAGCCCAAGGAAAACUGGUUAGACUGUGGUCUAAAUACAGUGCAGACCAGAUUCGGAGAAUGAUGGAAACAUUUCAGCAGCUUAUUACUUACAAAGUCAUAAGCAAUGAAUUUAACAGUCGAAAUCUCGUGAACGAUGAUGAUGCUAUUGUUGCUGCUUCAAAGUGCUUGAAAAUGGUUUACUAUGCAAAUGUAGUGGGAGGGGAAGUGGACACAAAUCAUAAUGAAGAAGAUGAUGAAGAGCCCAUCCCUGAGUCCAGUGAAUUGACACUUCAGGAGCUAUUGGGAGAGGAAAGAAGAAACAAGAAAGGUCCUCGAGUGGACCCACUGGAAACUGAACUUGGUGUUAAAACUCUGGAUUGUCGAAAACCACUUAUCCCUUUUGAAGAGUUUAUUAAUGAACCACUGAAUGAAGUUCUAGAGAUGGAUAAAGAUUAUACUUUUUUCAAAGUAGAAACAGAGAACAAAUUCUCUUUUAUGACAUGUCCCUUUAUAUUGAAUGCUGUCACAAAGAAUUUGGGAUUAUAUUAUGACAAUAGAAUUCGCAUGUACAGUGAACGAAGAAUCACUGUUCUCUACAGCUUAGUUCAAGGACAGCAGUUGAAUCCAUAUUUGAGACUCAAAGUCAGACGUGACCAUAUCAUAGAUGAUGCACUUGUCCGGCUAGAGAUGAUCGCUAUGGAAAAUCCUGCAGACUUGAAGAAACAGUUGUAUGUGGAAUUUGAAGGAGAACAAGGAGUUGAUGAGGGAGGUGUUUCCAAAGAAUUUUUUCAGCUGGUUGUGGAGGAAAUCUUCAAUCCAGAUAUUGGUAUGUUCACAUAUGAUGAAGCUACAAAAUUGUUUUGGUUUAAUCCAUCCUCUUUUGAAACUGAGGGUCAGUUCACUCUGAUUGGCAUAGUCCUGGGUCUGGCUAUUUACAAUAACUGUAUUCUGGAUGUACAUUUUCCCAUGGUUGUCUACAGGAAGCUAAUGGGGAAAAAAGGAACUUUUCGUGACUUGGGAGACUCUCACCCUGUUCUAUAUCAGAGUUUAAAAGAUUUAUUGGAGUAUGAAGGGAAUGUGGAAGAUGAUAUGAUGAUCACUUUCCAGAUAUCUCAGACAGAUCUUUUUGGUAAUCCAAUGAUGUAUGAUCUAAAGGAAAAUGGUGAUAAAAUUCCAAUUACAAAUGAAAACAGGAAGGAAUUUGUCAAUCUCUAUUCUGACUACAUUCUCAAUAAAUCAGUAGAAAAACAGUUCAAGGCUUUCCGGAGAGGUUUUCAUAUGGUAACCAAUGAAUCUCCCUUAAAGUACUUAUUCAGACCAGAGGAAAUUGAAUUGCUUAUAUGUGGAAGCCGGAAUCUAGAUUUCCAAGCACUAGAAGAAACUACAGAAUAUGAUGGUGGCUAUACCAGGGACUCGGUUCUGAUUAGAGAGUUCUGGGAAAUCGUUCAUUCGUUUACAGAUGAGCAGAAAAGACUCUUCUUGCAGUUUACAACGGGCACAGACAGAGCACCUGUGGGUGGACUAGGAAAAUUAAAGAUGAUUAUAGCCAAAAAUGGCCCAGACACAGAAAGGUUACCUACAUCUCAUACUUGCUUUAAUGUCCUUUUACUUCCGGAAUAUUCAAGCAAAGAAAAACUUAAAGAGAGAUUGUUGAAGGCCAUCACUUAUGCCAAAGGAUUUGGCAUGCUGUAAAAAAACAAAAGGAAAAACAAAAAAAAGGAAAAAAGGAAAAAAAAAAAGAAAAAAAAGGAAAAGAAAAUUUAAAAUUUUAAUAAAUAUAACAAGAGGGAUAAAAUUGGUGGUGAUAGUGUCCCAGUACAAAAAGGCUGUAAGAUAGUGAACCACAGUAGUCACCCAUGUCUGUGCCUCCCUUCUUUAUUGGGGAUAUGUGGGCUGGAACAGCAGAUUUCAGCUACUUAUAUGAACAAAUCCUUUAUUAUUAUUAUUAUUUUUUUUGCGUGAAAGUGUUACUUAUUCUUUCACUUGUAUGUACAGAGAGGUUUUUCUGAAUAUUUAUUUUAAGGGUUAAAUCACUUUUGCUUGUGUUUAUUACUGCUUGAGGUUGAGCCUUUUUGAGUAUUUAAAAAAAUAUAUACCAACAAAACUACUCUCCCAAGGAAAAUAUUGCCACCAUUUGUAGACCAUGUAACCUUCAAGUAUGUGCUAUUUUUUGUCCCUGUAUCUAACUCAAAUCAGGAACUGUAUCUUUUUUAAAACGAUUUGCUUUUGAAACUUGAAGUCUUGAAAACAGUGUGAUGCAAUUGCUGCUGUUCUAGUCCCCAAAGAGUUUUCUGUGCAAAAUCUUGAAAUCAAUAAAGAUGGAAGGGAGAAUGUGGAAUGUUUAACUGCAGCCCUCAGAACUUUCCUUUAGUAAACAGCACAACAGAUUAAAAACAAAAACUCAUGCCACAGUA